AUGUCAAUUGCUCCCAUAAUAACGUUCAAGGCUGGUCUCUGUGACUUAGAUACCAGCUCUUCGCCAUACAAAGUCAAACCUCUUCCCACCCCCGGCUAUAUCUAUCUCCAUGAAGAAGACGAACAGCUCCUUCACCUAUGUUGGCGGCCGAGAAGCGCCGCAUUAGAGAACCCCGAGCUUGAUCUACUCAUGUUCCCAACCGACUGCACCUUCACACCACUUCAACCAGACUCGGACUCACCAAGUACCAAAAGACCAAAUGGCAGGAUCUAUGUUCUCAAAUUUUCAUCCAGCUCGCAACGCCAUUUCUUUUGGCUACAGUCUAAAAGCCAACACCCUCAAGGAGACGUUUCUUGGUUCAGUCCUCGUGAUUACAAGCUUGGUCAAAUAGUCAACAACCUUCUGCAAGGUGAAGAAGUGGAUGUCCAGCAAGAAAUUGCGCAGUUGCCUCAAGACCAAGAUGGACCAGACGAUGAUGACGAGCCAAUGGAGGAUGUAGAAGGCACAAAUCAUGAUAGGAAUCGCCGACCUUCAGGAAGCGGUGGAGCAGGUGCUGACGCCACAGGUGGUGAUGUUAGGGAAGAAGGAGAGCAAUCAAGGGAGGGUGGUGCGGACGGCGGAAGAGCGGCUACUGAAGAACUGGAUGCCAACACGAUCGUUCAAAACUUCAUUCAGUCAAUGGGCGGCAAUCAGGGUCAGGGGCAACGAUCAGCCCCGCAAGAGAAAAUAUUUACUACGCUUGCCGAUUUACUCACCCCUGUUUCGACCAUUCCUUGGAUCGAAUCAGCCGAUGCUGAUUUGGUAGAUCGACUACUUCAGUAUCUACCACCGGCAUUAGUAACACUGGCCCAGGAGGCAGAUGAUAUGGCAGACCUAAACACCGACCAUGCAUCUAUUCAAGCAGCUGAACAGGCUCUCAGUUUAGCGCAGAAGAAGGACAUACUACGAAGAGUGUUGAGGUCUCCACAACUUUCACAAAGCCUUGCAAGUCUGACCGUUGCACUACGGGAUGGUGGACUACCAAGUAUUAGUGAAGCACUCAAUAUCCCAGUUCGAAAUGGAGGUUACAUGCGACGUGGUGGAGUACCGCUAGGUGGUGGUGAAGCCGUAGAAGCUUUCUUGGAAGGUGUCAAAGACAGUGUAAAGAAGGAGGAUCAGAGAGGUAACCAUCAAGAUCGCAUGGAUACGGAGUAA